UUAUAUAAAGCUUAGCUGUGACAUAACCGUUGCCAUUUUCAUUCUGCUGUUAUCUUCUGGUGAUCGGUUCAUAGCCAAGCCAAACAAGGUAAAAGAAAACAAGGGAAGGUUUCUUUCUUGGCGGGAAAUAAGAUAAAAGCUUGGUUUUGGUUAUUUCUAAUGGCGGAUUUGGAUUCAUCACCUCACACAGCAGCAUUCUGGACUCAAGCUGAUGCUCUGCUUAGAAAGAACUUAACUUAUCAGAAACGAAACAUUAGUGCGAAUUGCAGGCUAAUUUCCUUUCCAUUUGUGCUGUGUAUACUCCUUGUUAUCACUCAAACACUGGUUGACAAUCAACUAAACAAAAAAAGUAGCAAGUGUGGUUGUCAGUGUAUUGAUACUAAUGGAGAUGGGACAUGCGAGACAGUCUGUGGUUUACAAUUCUCAGAUUUGGAUCAAUCGCCUAACUGUCCUGUUCCUAGUCCACUCAAGUGGCCUCCCUUGUUACAGGUUCCAGCUCCUCAAUAUCGUGCCGUCAGAAGUGCUUCUGAUCCUUUUACAGAUUUGCCUGACGAGUCUUGCAGACAAACUGGGAACUGCCCUGUUACUGUUUUUAUCACUGGAACUAAUCAGACACUUGGACAAAGUCUGGCUGCGAGUAUGUUCUCACCUCCUUCCCCUCUUAAUUCCACUAACAGUGUGCUGGGUUCAGAUUCGGAAACUAGACAGGAUAGUUUUCUUGAUCCUGCUUUCUUCGAGGAUUCUCUCUAUAACAUUCAAAGCCAGUGCACAUCGAAUUCUACAGCCAAUGUUUCUGUUUCUCAGUCGCCAUCCUUCAACUUCGUAAAGGAGACAGUAUGUGUUCCAAGUCUGAGCUUGUGGCGCAAUAGUACUUCAGAGAUAAACGACCAGAUAUUCAGGGGCUAUAAAAAAGGAAAUGCAGAGAGGCAGUACAACGAGAUACUUGGAGCCUAUGAUUUCUUGAACUCCAACGCCAAUACUUUUAAUGUGAGCGUGUGGUACAAUGCCACAAAUAAGGAUACUGUUGAUGGACAAUACUACUUGGUGCGGUUACCACGUGCAGUAAAUCUGGUAUCAAAUGCCUACCUUCAGUUGUUUCAAGGAAGAAUGGAAUUAGAGUUUAUCAAAGAAAUGCCUAAACCUGCAACGAAGCAGAAGCUGGAUAUCGCAUCUCUUCUUGGCACUCUCUUCUUUACAUGGGUUGUCAUACAGCUAUUUCCUGUGGUGUUGACAGCGCUGGUUUACGAGAAACAAGAAAAACUACGAAUCAUGAUGAAAAUGCAUGGGCUUGGAGACGGGCCUUAUUGGAUGAUUUCUUACAUGUAUUUUCUUGUUAUAUCUGCACUAUACAUGUUCGUUUUUGUGGCAUUCGGCUCACUAGUAGGUUUGAAAUUCUUCACACUGAACGACUACUCCAUCCAAUUUGUGUUCUAUUUUCUCUAUAUAAACCUGCAAAUUUCCUUGGCGUUUCUAGCCUCCGCAUUCUUUUCGAACGUCAAGACUGCUACAGUUGUAGGCUAUAUAUGUGUCUUUGGAACUGGGCUUUUAGGUGGCUUUCUUUUCCAGAACUUCGUUGAAGAUACUUCAUUCCCAAAGGGAUGGGUCAUUUUUAUGGAGUUAUAUCCUGGUUUUGCUCUAUAUCGUGGUUUGUAUGAGUUUGCGGAGUAUUCUUCCAGUGGCACCUCUAUGGGGACUGAUGGCAUGAAGUGGGGAAAUUUGAGUGCAAGUGAAAAUGGGAUGAGAGAUGUGAUGAUUAUCAUGCUUCUUGAGUGGCUUGCGCUGCUUUUUGUAGCAUACUAUGUGGAUCAAGUUUUUUCAUCUGGAAGUGGAAAAAAUCCCAAGUAUUUAUUGCAAAAGUUUCGGAAGAAGCGUCCAUCAUCUUUUCGGAAGCCUAGUAUGGGCAGGCAGGGAUCUAAAGUUUUUGUUGAUAUGGAUAAACCUGAUGUCAUUCAGGAGAGGGAGAAGGUUGAGCAGUUACUGCUGGAACCAACCACCAGUCAUUCCAUCGUCUGUGACAACCUGAGAAAGGUGUAUCCAGGAAGGGAUGGAAAUGCAGAAAAAUUGGCAGUGAGAGGAUUAUCUCUAGCUGUACCUCGAGGGGAGUGCUUCGGCAUGCUUGGUCCAAAUGGUGCAGGGAAAACCUCUUUCAUUAGCAUGAUGAUUGGGCUCACAACGCCAACCACGGGGACAGCAUAUGUUGAGGGCUUAGACAUUCGGACUGAAAUGGAUUGGGUUUAUACCAGCAUGGGCGUGUGCCCGCAGCAUGACCUCCUAUGGGAAACUCUGACGGGAAGAGAGCACUUAUUAUUUUAUGGAAGACUUAAGAAUCUAAGAGGCGCUGCUUUGAAAAGAGCAGUGGAGGAAUCUCUUAGGAGCGUCAACCUUUUUAACGGAGGGGUUGCUGACAAAAAAGCUGGUAAAUACAGUGGAGGUAUGAAGAGAAGGCUUAGUGUUGCCAUAUCAUUGAUUGGAGAUCCCAAAGUUGUUUAUAUGGAUGAACCCAGUACUGGACUAGAUCCAGCUUCAAGAAGCAAUUUAUGGAAUGUUGUGAAGCGUGCGAAGCAAGACCGAGCAAUUAUCCUGACCACUCAUUCAAUGGAAGAGGCAGAGUACCUGUGUGAUAGAUUAGGAAUUUUUGUUGAUGGAAGCUUGCAGUGCGUAGGAAACCCAAAAGAGCUGAGGGGAAGGUACGGGGGAUCUUACGUGUUCACAAUGACCACAUCCGUAAACGAUGAGCGUGAGGUGGAGCAAAUGGUUCUGCGCCUCUCCCCCAGCGCUGAAAGAACGUACCAGAUGGCCGGAACCCAGAAGUUUGAGAUGCCAAAAGAGGAGAUCAGCAUUGCAGAUGUGUUCCAAGCAGUCGAGGUCGCCAAAAGCAGGUUCCCGGUUUAUGCCUGGGGUCUGUCGGACACCACCUUAGAAGAUGUCUUCAUCAAGGUCGCAAACUCAGCCCAGCAUUUCCACACGCUUACAUGAUUAGAUGGUCAUGUUGAUUGUCCAAAUUUUUUCAUGCUAUUUCCAUAUAUUUGAUUUAUUUCUAGAUGUAAUGCCCUACUGUAUUUGUGAGUAGAUAUGACAUAAGUUUUGAGCAUAAAUAAUAUUUGGUUUUGUUUCCCAGUUUCAA